AUGACAGUGUCGCAGGUGAUUUCGACUACACUUCCUGCUGAGCCUUCGCAGACAAGCGUGCAUGUAGGAACAAUCAGCAUAGAAAGCAAGCGGCUCGAGAGAGACAGUCUCGGCCAACUCGAAAUCCCAGCGGGGGUGCUCUACGGCAUCAACACAUUACGCGCCAUAGAAAACUUCCCUCUAUCAGGACGAACCAUCGCUGCAUGGCCAGACUUCAUUCAUGCUUUCGCCAUCAUCAAACAAGCAGCAGCACGUGCAAAUUGCGAUGUCGGCUGUAUCACGUCAGACCAGGGACAUGCCAUAUCUAAUGCCUGCGAAGAGAUCAAAACUGGACAGCACGACAAGCACUUUGCUGUCGAUAUGAUGGAGGGCUCUGGUGGCACUUCUACUAAUAUGAACGUCAACGAAGUUAUCGCCAAUAUUGUCGCCAAAAACUCGGGUAGAGCACUCUCUGACUACAGCUUCGUGCAUCCAAAUGACCAUGUCAACAUGGGGCAGUCAACCAACGAUGCUGUCCCGUCAGCCAUGAAGCUAGCUGUCUAUCGGGCGAUGGAUAGCGUCUUGGAUACACUUGAAGAGCUCGCUGAUGCAUUUGCUGCUAAACAACAAGAGUACGCGACACUGCUGCGUCUAGGAAGAACCUGUCUCCAGGAUGCCCAGCCCAUGACUUAUGGCCAGUCCCUUGGCGCUCACGAAGCUGUAGUCAGGAGACACAAAGAGUAUCUUAGCACAAUCCGGGAUUCGUUUUUAGUGCUUCCUUUGGGAGGCACAGCUAUUGGUACUGGUUUCGGGUCUGAACCUGGAUACAAAACAGCUGUUUUCAAACAUCUCUCCUCUACUUUAGGGGUCUGCGCGAAGCCAGCCAGCAAUGCCUUUGACGGAAUGCAAAAUAUGGAUACCUGCGCCCGCCUGUCAGCUGAGCUACGCAACACUGCUAAUAGCUUGUGGAAGAUUGCAAACGACAUGAUCCUGCUAUCUUCAGGCCCCAAUGGCGGAAUCGGCGAAAUAACUCUGCCUCCUGUUCAAGCAGGGUCUUCAAUCAUGCCCGGCAAGGUUAACCCGGUUAUUCCUAUUGCAGUUUGCCAAGUAGCCUUUGCCAUUUCUGGCAACGAUGCUGCCAUCUCCAUGGCUUGUCAGCAAGGGAUGCUGGAGAUUAAUCACUAUGAGUUGCUUGUUUGCGACCGAUUACUAGACAGUAUCCAACUGUUGGCGGGUGUUUCAAAGACUUUCGCAAGGCGUUGUGUAGAAGGUCUGGUCGCUAACAAAGAGAUCUCGCUGAAGCACCUCCUCGAGGCCAGUGCACUUGCUACAGCCCUCGUUCCAAGCCUCGGAUAUGCAAAGGUAUCAAGUAUCGUGAGGUCUGCUCUUGCUGAAGAACGAUCAUUCUUGGAAGUUGUUAUUGAAAGAGGUUUCCUGAAGCAGGAUGAUGUUUUGAUUGUGUUGGAAAGCUCAGUUUGA